UGUUUUGUAAUAUUUGAGCGUUUGACAAGUUGAACUUCGAACGAAAAUCUAUUAUAGCCCCAAUUGACAAGACCAUCAAAUAAUCAUUGGAAAACAACCUGAGAGAUGAGUUUUCCAGACAAGGCGGAGCGCACAAAGUGCUGGAACAACCGGGACGAGUAUUGGAAGUGUUUAGAGGAGUACGCCCCAAAGCACAGUUCUACCAGUGGGGAAAAGGUACCAACCCCCUGCCAGAGUCUUCGCAAAUCAUUUGAGCAAUCCUGCCCUGGUCAAUGGGUAAAGCAUUUCGACCGCAAGCGUACUUAUGACCAGUUUAAGGAAAAAAUGGCCAAGGGUUAUGAUCCCUUGGAGGACCGUACGAAGGCCGAAAAGCAAGCCAAUUGACCCUUAGCCCGCCAAGGUUUCUAGGAGUACUGUUGACCAGCUUAUAUCUCUGUUUGUGUUCUUUUUUAUGGUAAAUAAAUAAACUGUAUAGUAACAUACAAACAAA